CUUUUUGAGGAAAACAAUGCAGGAGAUCGCCAAUUUGAUACGAAGUAUAAGCUGCCUCCACCACAUUUCCUGUUCAUAAGUGUGCAAGGAACAGAUGUUAAGACUUAAGAUCGAAUAGAAGUCUUCAGGUACAUACUCAAAUUGCAAGGCCAGAGCAGAACAGCACAUCAGCAUCUGCCAACGUUUUAAAACCAAAUUGUUUGAGAUAAAGGGAAGGAUUUUCUACAAAACAGCAAUAUAUGAACAGAAAUGGAGUUUGCAUGCCACUUUUCAAUCUGGGGACUUCUAGCCUUUAUGACUAUGGCUCUGGUUGUUUCGCUGGUCAUAAAUAUUUCAUACUGCAUAGCAAACAAGCAAAAAGAUUACUCGUACAGAGACUAUCAAGAAUAUAGUCCAAGUGAUGAUGAUUAUACUGAAGAAUGCCCAGUUUAUGGCAACCUCAAUCAGGAGAUUUUAGAUGAAUGUUGCUAUGAACAAAUGAAGGCCCAGCCUCGGAGAUGCACUAAUGAAGUAAAGGUGGAGGUUGAAACUCAGAUGUGCUAUGCCUCCCUCGAUCACAGCAUCAAGGAAAAAAGCAGGAAGCCUAGGAAAAAGAAAGCUCCUCUGUUAGAAGUGAAUGAAGAGAUGCCAUCUAAAAACAGCACCCUGGCUUCCCAAACUAGCAUUUAUCUCAACAGUGACCAGCUGGCAGCUGAAAAUAAAUCCACAGAGGAAGCCAUUCAUGAUGACCCUAUCAGACUGUUGGGCUUGAUUCAUGCAACAUAGGACAAAACAUCUAAAGAGGACCCCUGACUCAACUGACAGAUCACACAAGAUAAAGUAGCUCUUUCACUUGUUUAUGUUGGGGGAAAGAGACUGAAUAAAUAGUAUCCUGAAUUUGGAAGAAUAGCUUGGUAAAUGAAACACUGAUCAAUGGUAUAAAUGGGUAAGUGAUUCAUUCAAAUUGUCUGCUGGGCAUAAUCGCCGACUAAUUUAGGUCAGCAGGUAGCAGGAUUUUAGACACAGACUGGUAAUUUUUAAAGCAACCCAAAGAAGAGCUGGCCACCUUCAUAUUUAUCUAUUUUGUAAAGCAGUUACAGGAGCCAAGUACCUCUCAGAAUUUGGCCCCAAAUUAGCAAUUAUCCUGCAUGCUUUAUAGCAGGACUUACUUCUUCAUUUCAGUUGUCCAUGGAUCCUACUUCAAGGGAUCUAAAAAUAGGCCACAUGGCCCUCUGUAGAAAGCUAGCAUAUUUUGCCCGUUAUUCUAUGUUGUUUCAGGAGUAGUUUGGGAAAUCAAAGGCACUUUAAGACUGGCAUAUUUAAUAGUUAAAAUUUGUCCUGCUGUUCAAUAUUUAAUACUGUCCUACUGUGACCUGCAGUAAUAUUUAAAGUUAAUUAGAAAAUAAUGUAACUGCUUCAGUUCAUUUAAUUAGUGCUUUGUAUAUUCAGCAAAUGUAAUGAUAUUCUAAUAUACUCUUAGCUUCCUAUGGCGAACAGUACCAGAAUCUCAAAUCUCUACUUCUGUACCAGUAACAUUUUCUCUGUCUAUGCAACAAUCUGUAAAAGAAAGUGGCAAAUGAUCUGUGAAAAUAAGCCUCCUGAGGAGGACAGAAUGAUUUUUACUGGGUUUUAAAUUGUCACUUUAAAAAUUAUUUUAGGAAGAUAGGAAAAGUCUUUUUCCUCCCCAAACAAUUCAGUAACUGUAUGCAUAGGUCAUACUUAAAACGUACAGCACAAUUUUAUCUUGAAAGCUCUUUGGGGGCAAAGAUUAAUUUUAUGUAUGGCACAUUUUGGGUGCUAUGUAAAUAGUAAUAGUAGCAAACAACACCACACCAUUGCUAUAAUCUGGGUGCCAGGGCAAAGGGAUAGAUUUUUCCCAUAUGAAAAGCAUAAAGAAAAACAGAAAGAACUUGAUUGCUCAAGGUCCUAUUUAAAAGCAACACACAAAUUAACUUGCUCUCCUAGAAACUAUAUUUCAUUAUAAGUGAGAUGUAGACAACUAAUGUUGCAGAGGCAGAAAUAAUGCUAGUAAGGAAUCAAUAGAAACUACAUGAAGCAUUA